CCAGGCCGGGGCGCGGCGGGCGGCGGCGCGCAGUCUGCACCAUGGCGUAUCCCGGACACCCCGGCGCGGGCGGCGGGUACUACCCGGGCGGGUACGGAGGGGCGCCCGGAGGCCCGGCCUUUCCCGCGCAGACGCAGGACCCGCUGUACGGCUACUUCUCUGCGGUGGCCGGCCAGGAUGGGCAAAUAGAUGCUGAUGAAUUACAAAGAUGUCUGACACAGUCCGGCAUUGCUGGGGGGUACAAACCUUUUAACCUGGAGACUUGUCGGCUUAUGGUUUCAAUGCUGGAUAGAGAUAUGUCUGGCACGAUGGGGUUCACCGAGUUUAAGGAGCUCUGGGCUGUGCUGAACGGCUGGAGGCAGCACUUCAUGAGCUUCGACAGCGACCGCAGUGGCACCGUGGACCCCCAGGAGCUGCACAAGGCGCUGACCGCAAUGGGGUUUAGGCUAAAUCCUCAAACUGUGAACUCGGUCGCAAAACGAUACAGCACCAAUGGGAAGAUCACCUUCGAUGACUAUAUCGCCUGCUGUGUGAGGCUGCGGGCAUUCACAGAUAGCUUUCGAAGACGGGAUUCUGGACAGCAUGGUGUUGUGAAUUUCUCAUAUGAUGACUUCAUUCAGUGUGUCAUGACUGUUUAAGUCAAAAGGAAGCCGUGUGAACAUAACAUUCCAGCUGGCAUUCAUGUUUACUUAUUCUUUGCCUUUAGUAACCUGUGUAAACUUAUGUGGAGGCUUUCCACAACAGCUGUUGUAAGGUUUAUCGCUUCACACAAUUGAAGCUUUUAGCUUUGAUAAUGAAUUCUUUGGAACUUUGAUAAUAUAAGUCAAGUCUGCUGUACCAAUUAGAACUUCACUAACUCAUUAUCAAUCAUGCCUUAUUUUCCUGCUAAGCCUCUUUUAUAUGAGUAUGAAGAAUGUUUAAGGUGCAUUAUGUGCUUUUCGUUAUGAUAUGAAAAAGUUUUAAUUAAACUACAGUUAUGUAUCUUUCCUCCCCUAGGGGAAUAUGGUUGAAAAUGUGUGGAGCAUUCUUGUGUAAAUGAUGUAGAGCCUCAUGGAUACAGAAAAUAAACAAACAUGGUCAUCUA